GGACUGGGCAGGCAGCUGGGGGUCCCGCGGAUGGCAGGGGCUGCGGGGCUCGGGGGGACUCGCGGCGUCUGGAUGAGGGUGGCCGUCGUGAUGCUGCUGACACCUGCGGUGCUCAACGGGCCAGGAUCUCACACUCAGCCAAGCCACCUGAAGAAGGUUUUGCCGCACGCCGCCAUCAUCCAACCUCAGUGGCUGCAGCCCAACACUGAACGGGUUCGACUUGGUGACAAGCACCCAGCGCGUGUGGAGUUGUUAGUAACCGUAGAACGGAGAGAUCUCAUCCUGUCUUUACGGAGAAACCAGCAACUCAUUAAUCCAAACUACACCGAAACCCAUUAUGGCCUUACUGAUGCUCCGAUUAUUAGGACUCCAAACAUGACGGAACAUUGUUACUACCACGGAGACGUUCGUGGGGAGGUAGACUCCAGCGCUGUGAUAAGCACCUGCUCAGGUAUAAGAGGACUCAUAACAUUAAGUGCCAAUCAAAGCUACGUUGUGGAGCCGCUGCCAGGAGAGGAUGGAAGCCACGUCAUCUACAAGGCUGAACUUCUGGAUCUCGGGGAAAUGAGAUGUGGGCAUCCAGCUCCUGGAAACUUCUCUGCGCUUACCAGUCAUGCCGGGGAACAUCAUCAAAGGGUGAAGAGAGAGGACCCAGAAGGGGACAGAUGCGUGGAGCUUUACCUAGUCGCUGACUAUGCAGAGUUUCAGAAACACAAUUCUGAUCUGGAGCAGACUCAACGGAAAAUGCUGGAGGUCACCAAUUAUAUUGAUAAGUUCUACAGGUCUCUGAACAUUCGCAUAGCCCUUGUGGGUCUGGAGAUCUGGUCUAAUGGAGACAAGUGCAACGUUUCUGAGAAUCCAUACAGCACCCUACGUGCCUUCCUGUCAUGGAGAAGAAAACUUCUGAAACAAAUCCCUCAUGACAACGCUCAACUAAUAACGGGACGCGCCUUCCAAGGGACGACCAUCGGACUGGCGCCUCUACAGGCCAUGUGUUCCUCGUAUCAGUCCGGUGGAGUCAACAUGGAUCAUUCUGAUAAUGCGAUUGGUGUGGCAGCCACAAUGGCCCAUGAAAUCGGCCAUAACUUUGGGAUGAGCCACGACGCUGCCGGUUGCUGUACAGCUAGACCAGAGGAUGGGGGGUGCAUUAUGGCGGCUGCUACCGGACACCCGUUCCCCAAGACAUUCAAUGCGUGUAACCGACGGGAGUUGAAUCUGUUUCUCCGCUCCGGCGGCGGCAUGUGUCUCGGCAACGCGCCCGACACCAAGACUCUGUAUGGGGGUGUGAGGUGCGGAAAUGGAUUCCUGGAAGAAGGGGAGCAGUGUGACUGCGGGGACCUUGAGCAAUGCAAUAACCCCUGCUGUAACGCUACAACCUGCACCCUGACGCCCGGGGCUGAUUGCGCGCAUGGGACCUGCUGCCAUCAAUGCAAACUAAGGCCACCAGGGUUUCCAUGCCGGAAGCCAUCCCGACCCUGUGACCUCCCUGAGUUCUGCACCGGACGAUCUGCGGUCUGUCCCCAAAACUCCUUCCAGCUGGACGGGACGUCCUGCCACGGAGGACAAGCUUUCUGCUACAACGGGAGGUGCCUUACCCACCAAGAACAGUGCCGUCAGCUCUGGGGAAAAGGUGCACGCUCUGCACCGGAUGCGUGCUAUCAAAUGAUCAAUGCUGCCGGAGACCAGUAUGGGAAUUGUGGACGAGACUUGAGCGGGGAAUAUCGGAAGUGCGAAGCCAAAGAUGCCAGGUGUGGGAAGGUCCAGUGUCAGACUUCAGCCGCAAAGCCGCUUGAGAACAACGCUGUGGCAAUAGACACGACGAUCACUAUGGACGGCCGGCAGGUGCUGUGCCGAGGGACCCAUUUUUACAGGGCUUCUGAGGAAGAAGACACAAUGGAUCCAGGCCUUGUGCUCACUGGAACUAAAUGUGGAGAGAACCAAAUUUGCUUCGAUGGGCAGUGCAGAAACACGUCUUUCCUGCAAGCCGAUGAGUGUGCCAAAAAAUGCCACGGCAACGGGGUUUGCAACAAUAACCAAAACUGUCACUGUUUCCCUGGCUGGCAACCCCCGUACUGUAACCAAACGGGUAAUGGCGGCAGCAUGGACAGCGGCCCUGUUCCUGCAGAAAGACCAGUGGCUGUGGCUCUAUGGACAUUCAUGACCAUAGCAUUACUGGCCGGGAUGGCCUUCUCCGUGUCCAUAUAUCGCUACAAACACAGGGCCAAACACAGAUCGACCAAGCCUGAUUGGCCACCUGCCACAGGAUCGUUGUCCAAAAGUGAUAGCCAAGAAAAACCCAACUUGGACUCUUCUUACAGACAGAGACCUCAAGAGCAGAGUUGUUCUAAGAGCCCCGUAACGUCGCACUACAACCUGAAAGAGGGAUCGAGAACUUCGAUCGGCCAUCAGCCAAGACAGCCAGAAGGAGGAGCUACAAAGCCUGCUGGACCAAUCAGAAUACCGCCCCCUAGUAGACCAGCUCCGCCCCCUCCAGUACACCCCAAGAUCUCUGACCCACCCCGGAGGGCACCACCUGUUCCCCCGAAUAGGACCAGGCAUGCCGCAGCUAUACAGAAGAUCUCAUGAAGACAACAUACAAAAAAUUGAAUUUAGGAGCUUGGAUAUCAGUGAUAAUAUAUUAUAUAAUGGUAUAUUUCCCU